CUAAAUUUGGUACAGAAAUCCUGUUUUAGAAAAUGCUUUAAACUGAAUUGACUUUAAGAACUGUUUGAUUGGCAGUGAUUAAUGGUUUGUUUUUACGUGAUGUUGUUUUGGGCAAAAGGUUAAAAAAAAACUGUACUGUAAAAAAAAACUGUUCUGUAAGUACUGAUUGGUGAUAUAAUGGCGAAAGAGGAAGUGUUGAGGACUAAUUGUUUUGGGUUACAGAAAAAACAGUGAAAAAAUAAAUCAUUUUUUAGGAAGUUAAAUGCAACUGGCACUGCAUGUUUAGCUAAAAGGAAGUUGUUAUCAUUGUCUCUUGGGAUCUGCCAUUUGGCAAUGUCUUGCUGGCGUUUGUCUGGUACAACAAUUAGCCACUUUCAUGCUUUCCCACAAUUAUUUGCUUUGGAGAACACCAAUAUAAUUUACUGCCCUCUGUGCAACUCCACACGAGCUUUAUAUGAUCCUCUUCUCUUUCCCAUCAUCAUGUAUGAUUCCUGCUCAAUAGGCAACUACAUAUCCAACUACCACUUGUUUAUUUUGCUCAGUAACUACUUCUCUUCUGACAUUGAUGUUGAUUGUAUUGGAGAGUAACUGAUACUUUGGGCCUUUGAUGUGGAUGGUUUGCCCAAACUAAACUACUUUACCUGCAUCUAACGCCGAUUAUGCUAAUCCGCACAAGGGGCAACUGAUCUGCAUUACAGUCCAUACAUUUAUAGCCAGCCAUCACUCGUUAUUAUUUGCAGACAUUCUUGUUCUAGCCAGUUGAUUGUUCUUCUGCUGCAUCCUUACACUUGCCCACAUCUCGUUUUCUUUUGUAUCCAGCUGCAUUUCUCUGUUUUCCACUGUGUCAAAGUUGAAGUAUACCAGAUUGCUUGCUUUCAGUGCGGACGAUUGCUGUAGCCACACUGGGAGAUUGAAUGAAGAAUUGGCAGCGCAGCUCUGUGUUUGUAUAUUUUUGCCUGUAGAUGUUGAAUAUGCAGUAUAUAGAUUAUUUUCUCAGAUCUAGUAGAUAAGAAUUCAAGUUUGGAGAAGCCAAGAUAGUGUUUUGCUGGGCCGUGUAUAUGGAUCUCGGUUUCCCACAAGGGUAUCAGUCUCAGGUUCCCGUCUUUCAUAGCUUUUCUGCAGAAAAAUUAAAAUGUUCUUUAUAGAUAAGUAGUAAGACAUUCUUUCUUCAGAUCUGGUAGUUAAGCAUUCCCGUGGAGAGCCAACACAUUGUGUUGUUGGGGCAUCCUUGUUUCCUGAAUUUUUUUUAGCAGACAGGAUGCCACCCAGCUUCGAUAUUUUUGAUUGGUGGUCUAAGGAAACCCACAAGGGCACACCAGUUGUGGUGACGAUGGAGAAUCCCAACUGGUCAAUGCUAGAGGUAAAGGAGCCAAAUGCUGCAUUUCAGCAAGUAGACAAGGACAGAGGGAAGAACGCUAAGCAAUUGACAUGGGUAUUGCUCCUCAAGGCUCACCGAGCUGCUGGGUGCGUUGCCUGGCUUGCAACAGGACUGUGGACUCUACUCGGUGCAGUUAAGAAAAGGCUGAUUUUUAGACAGGGGGUAGCAAUGGAGAGUGAGAAAUCCCACAAGGGGAAAUUGUUCAAAUUCUUAAAAGCAUUCUUGGCAUUUUCACUGGCAGCACUGGUGUUUGAAGUAGUUGCCCACAUGAAGGGCUGGCAUUUCUCCACGCCACAUUUGUACAUGCCAACCACUACUGGGAUUCAAGAUUCUCUGCACUUAAUUUAUCUUUCCUGGGUUCAAUUCAGAUCCAAUUAUAUAGCUCCUCCAAUUCAGACCUUGGCAGACAUUUGCAUCAUACUCUUCUUGAUUCAGUCUUUAGACCGGAUAAUUCUUUGCAUUGGAUGUUUUUGGAUCAAGUAUAAGAAGAUCAAGCCACAACCAAAAGUUGAAUCAGUAGAAUGCAAAGACAUUGAACAGCCAGGGUCUGGGCAUCCUAUGGUCCUGGUACAAAUUCCCAUGUGCAACGAGAGAGAGGUGUAUGAGCAAUCCAUUUCAGCUGUCUGUCAACUUGAUUGGCCAAAGGACCGCAUGCUGAUUCAAGUGUUAGAUGAUUCAGAUGAUAAGGAUGUUCAGCUCAUGAUCAAAGCAGAGGUUCUUAAGUGGAGUCAGAAGGGUAUCAAUAUUCUUUAUCGACAUCGACUGAUUAGGAGUGGUUACAAAGCUGGCAAUCUGAAGUCUGCUAUGAGUUGUGAUUAUGUGAAAGAUUAUGAAUUUGUUGCAAUUUUUGAUGCCGAUUUCCAACCGAACCCAGAUUUCCUUAAGCAGACCGUUCCACAUUUUAAGGACAAUCCUGAAAUUGGUUUAGUUCAGGCCCGCUGGUCUUUUGUAAAUACGGAUGAGAAUUUGCUAACACGGCUUCAGAACAUCAAUCUGUCAUUCCACUUUGAGGUAGAGCAACAAGUGAAUGGUAUAUUUCUCAAUUUCUUUGGUUUCAAUGGUACAGCUGGUGUUUGGCGUAUACAAGCUCUUGAGGAAUCUGGAGGGUGGCUGGAAAGAACGACUGUUGAGGACAUGGAUAUUGCUGUGCGUGCCCAUCUCAAUGGAUGGAAAUUUAUCUUUCUGAAUGAUGUUAAGGUUCUUUGUGAAGUUCCAGAGAGUUUUGAAGCCUACAGGAAGCAACAACACCGAUGGCAUUCUGGGCCUAUGCAACUUUUUCGCCUUUGCCUCCCAGAUAUAAUUUAUUCCAAGAUAUCAAUUGGAAAGAAAGCAAACCUGAUUUUGUUAUUCUUCCUUUUGAGAAAGUUGAUUCUUCCCUUUUAUUCUUUUACAUUGUUCUGUAUCAUCCUUCCAAUGACAAUGUUUGUCCCAGAGGCUCAACUGCCUGUAUGGGUGAUAUGUUAUGUGCCAGCUAUUAUGUCGUUUCUUAAUGUGCUGCCUGCACCAAAGUCUUUCCCCUUCAUCAUACCAUAUCUCCUCUUUGAAAAUACUAUGUCUGUUACAAAGUUCAAUGCCAUGGUAUCAGGAUUGUUUCAACUUGGCAGUGCUUAUGAAUGGGUUGUGACAAAGAAAACAGGCAGAUCUUCUGAAGCAGAUCUUUUGGCUGUUGCAGAAAGAGAAUCUAAGGCAUUAAGUCAGCCACUACAUCGUGGUGCUUCUGAGACAGGACUAGAUAUGUUGAGCAAACUUAGAGAGCAAAAGUCUAAGUCUCCUGCCAAAAAGAUUAACCGGCUGUAUAGAAAGGAACUUGCUUUGGCUUUCCUCCUCCUUACUGCAGCAGCAAGAAGUUUGCUGUCAGCCCAAGGCGUUCAUUUCUAUUUCUUGCUAUUUCAGGGUCUCUCCUUUCUGGCUGUUGGUAGUGACCUGAUCGGAGAGCAGGUUAACUAAUAUGUGAAGCUAUUAAUCUAUGCCUUUAUGCCAUUUGUGACAGAGAAAUCUCUAAUUACAGUAUUGAGUUUACAUAUCUGCAAGAAGGAUUAGGGUUCACACCUUGAGUGAAAUGACAAUGGGAUUUAAAUAUGUUGGGUAGAAAGGGCCCAUCAAGAUGAAUGGAUUUAUUUAAAAUAUUAUGGACUCAAAAAUGUUCGAUCCACAUCAAAAAAUAGGUCAGAUGAGAAUGGCUCAGAACUAAGAUGCUAAGGAGAUGCUCUUCAGUAUUCACUAAGUUCAGAUAGUGGAAUUAGCAAAAUUAUGUUCUUUUCCUUAAGUUGAUACAAGGAUGUCUCGCUAUGGUAUUUCAGAAAAUUGUCUACUUCCAGCACCCAAGCAGCUACAGAAGAAAGUCGUGCAGAUAAGGUUCCUUUGAAUUUAGUGUAAUAAUACUGUUAAUAACUCAUAGCUGAGGUAGUCGUUUUUUUUCCUGUGCUUGUUCCUUUCUUUCAUUGUUUUAUAUUAAACAUUUUUACUAUAUGCCACUGAGGCAAAAGACCAUGUUAUUAUCAUUUAUGACCUGUUAUGGCUUGGAAUCAAGCCCGUGUAUCCUGAGUUGGAAGUCUAGAAUUAGGAUUGUCCAAAACUCAGCUAUCAUAUGAGUUCAUUUGUUCUCUUCAAUAAUCUUGACAUGUAAACCAUAUUUGCAUUAUUGAUUCAAUUGUGUGAAUCAUAAAGAAAUAAUUGCUUCACUAUUAAAAAUAAAGAGUUGUUUGACA